UUGAAUAAUAAAUAAUAAUGUGAUCUCUCAGAUGGAGCAGGAGGCAAGGAUUUCAUAUGCGAAGGAUCAGAAGGUGAUGAUGGUGCCUUCAGGUUACUACAGGAGUUAAAGCUAUUAUAUAAUAAGCCAUAUGUUUUUCUUCAUCCUUAACAUAGUGACCUUCAUCAGGCAAUUUAUAAACUUCGUGCUUGGAACUGCCGACUGAUCUACUUCUGGUUUCCAAGAUAGUUAUUGAAAAAUCUUUGGAAAGAACUCAUUUGGUGUGAUAAUUUACCCUACAAUUACUAUGCUGACAUAUGGAGGAAUCUUUGUUGUUGGUAUGAUAACUUGGACCAAAAAUUUUCAUGUUUUCUGGGUUGAGAGACUGUUUUACCUUGCAUUCGUUGGUAUAAAUUUUGAAGUUAUAAAUCUUAUUGUAUUCUAUAUAGUCACUGUGCAAAAAGUUGAUCUAUCUAUUCUAAUACUGAUAGCUCAAAUAUUAUUCACUAUAUAUCAUCUAAAUGUGAUUUAUAGUCUCUUGCUAGAAGAAGAAUAUAGGUAUCGCAGACAGAGAAUGAUUGAUCAUAGAUAUCAUAAGUUUAAUACUACAAGAGUCAUCCAAAUUUUUGAUUAAGAUUAUUCUAAUUUAUUUUAAGUCUUUGUA